AUGGCUACUACAAAUGGGACCCCCUCGGGGCCAAGUUCCUCCGAUAUGGAGUACUAUUAUCGUAAAUUGUACCCUUUUACCGAUAUUUAUCAUUGGUUAAAUCAUUCGAUGACUACUUCAAAGGAUAUGACUCAUAGGGAAUUUGCUAUGGCAUUCCGCUCAGGUGCAUAUAAGAGAUACAACUCAUAUACUUCUAUCCAGGAGUUCAAACAGCAGAUUGAACGCGCAAACCCUGAUAGAUUUGAAAUUGGUGCCAUUUAUAACAAACCUCCUAAAGAACGUGAUACGAUCUUGAAGAGUGAAAUGAAGGCCUUAGAGAAGGAAUUGGUGUUUGAUAUUGAUAUGGAUGAUUAUGAUAGUUACAGAACGUGUUGUACUGGAGCAAUGGUGUGUUCUAGAUGUUGGAAGUUUAUUACAUUGGCUAUGGAGGUCAUGAAUAUAACAUUAUCUGAAGAUUUUGGAUUCAAGGACUUCGUAUGGGUAUUUUCAGGGAGACGUGGUGCACAUUGUUGGAUUAGUGAUAAACGUGCUAGGCAGAUGGGUGAUCUUCAAAGGAGGAACAUUUUAGACUAUGUUAAUGUGGUCAGAGAUAGAUCUAAUGAAAAGAGACUUUCUUUAAUGAGGCCGUAUCAUCCUUUACUUGUUAGAUCAUUGGAUUUAUUGAAACCUCAUUUUUCUGAUAUAAUCCUUGAAGAACAAGAUCCAUGGGCAGAUGACGCCAAUGCAUUUGCUACUUUGCUAACCGCAUUGCAUGAUAAAUUAUUGAUGGAUGCUUGUCGUAAAUAUUGGACCGAAAACCCAGGUAGAUCUUCAAAACAGAAAUGGAGUGAUAUUGAUGUAUUAGCAUCCAGUGAAGUUAAAGCAAAUAAAAGACAUGAUUAUUUGCUCAAGUUGAAAGAAUGUAAAGAAGACAUUAUCCUACAAACCUUAUACCCAAAACUUGAUGUUGAAGUCACAAAACAAACAAUCCAUUUAUUGAAGGCACCUUUCUGUAUUCAUCCAGCCACAGGUAAUGUUUGUGUUCCCAUUAUUGAUGGAUUUGAACCUAGUCAGGCUCCUAAACUGAUAGGAUUACAAGAAGAGAUGACUGAACAUAAUGAUAAUGUUAAAUUCACAUCUUUACAAAAAUUCCUUGAUUAUUUUGAAAAAUAUGUGAAUCAAGUCAUUGAAAAUAAUUUAGAUUCAGGAACAAAAAGAGAAUACGAAGAAUUACUCAAAUAA